CGGUGUGUGGCGAGAGCGGCUGCGAGGGAGGCAGGGCAGCGGCAGGAGGCAGGAGCUUGGCGAGCUGUGGCGGCAGAGAAUGGCGGUGAGGCGGCGGCAGAGGCUCGGGCCGGGCGGCGGGCGAGCGCUGCUGGGCGCGGUGCUGCUGUGCGUGUGGUGGCGGGCGGCGGCCGAGCGGGUCCGCUACGCCAUCCCCGAGGAGCUGGGCAGAGGCUCGCUCGUGGGGCCGCUGGCGCGGGACCUGGGGCUCAGCGCGGACGAGCUGCCGGCGCGCACGCUGCGGCUGAGCGAGGAGAAGCAAUACUUCAGUGUGAAUGAGGAGAAUGGGAACCUGUACGUGAACGAGAGGCUGGACCGGGAGGAGAUGUGCGGCGAUUCGGUGACCUGCUCCGUCAGCUUCGAGGUGCUUGUGCACAACCCUCUGAACGUUUUCCACGUCGACGUGACCAUUGAAGACGUGAAUGACAACUCCCCGAGCUUCAGUAAGGCUGUUUUGGACCUCGAGAUUGGAGAAUGGACGCUACCGGGUGCUCAUUUUCCCCUGGAGAUGGCCCGAGAUAUGGAUGUGAGUAGCAACUCCCUUCUGAUUUAUCAGCUCACGGGCAAUCCGUCCUUCACUUUGGCCAUGAAGGAAAGCCCUGGUGGAAGCAAGCAGCCGGAAUUAGUCCUGGAGAGAGAGUUGGACCGUGAAAAGCAGAGUUCCUUUGAGCUGGUGCUGACAGCCGUGGACAGUGGGGUCCCCGCUAGAUCUGGGACUGUCCAGGUUCGCAUAAACGUGACGGACUUAAAUGACAACCCGCCCGUGUUCAGCAAAAGCCUCUACGAGGCGAGAGUGGCGGAGAAUUUGCCGGCGGGGUCUCAGGUGUUGCGGGUGCAGGCGACGGAUGUAGACGCGGGGACCAACGGGCAGGUCUCCUACUCCUUCGGCAACGUGCCGGAAAGCAUCCGUACGUUGUUCUCUAUUGAUAGUGAGACUGGCGAAGUCAGAACCGCGGGUCCCGUCGAUUACGAGGGACAGAGUAAAUAUAUCUUCCGCCUGGAGGCGAGAGACGGUGGCGGGCUCACCAGUCACUGCGAAGUGCAGAUCGACAUCACGGACGAGAAUGACAAUUCGCCCGAGAUUACGAUCCUAUCCAUGUCGAGUCCUGUGCCCGAGGACGCACCCGUCGGUACCGUGGUGGCCGUGCUAAAAGUGCGGGACAGAGACUCCGGCGAGAACGGUCAGGUGUCGUGCGAGCUGUCGGGCGAGGCGCCGCUGUCGAUCGUGGCGUCGCCGGGCGGCUCGUACAAGGUGGUGACGGCGAGCGCGCUGGACCGCGAGCAGGCGUCCGAGCAGCGCGUGACGGUGGUGGCCCGGGACCGGGGCAGGCCGGCGCUGUGGAGCAGCACGGAGCUGGUGCUGGAGGUGUCGGACGUGAACGACAACGCGCCGGUGUUCGAGGAGGCGGCGUACAGCGCGUACGUGGCGGAGAACAACGCGGCGGGCGCGCUGGUGCUGCGCGUGCAGGCGCGGGACGCGGACGCGGGCGCCAACGGGCGCGUGAGCUACUGGCUGGCGGGCGGCAGCGCGGGCGCGGCGGGCGCGGCGCCGCUCGUGUCGGUGGAGGCGCGGAGCGGCGCGCUGUACGCGCAGCGCUCCUUGGACUACGAGCAGUGCCGCGAGUUCUGGGUGGCGGUGCGGGCGCAGGACGGCGGCGCGCCGGCGCGCAGCUCCACGGCCACGGUGCGCGUGUUCGUGCUGGACCGCAACGACAACGCGCCGCGGGUGCUGUGGCCGGCGGCGGCGGCGGCGGCGGCGGGAGAGGCUCCGGCAGCGGCGCCGUUCGAGGUGGUGCCGCGCUCGGCCGAGGCCGGCUACCUGGUGGCCAAGGUGGUGGCGGUGGACGCGGACGCGGGGCGCAACGCGUGGCUGUCGUACGAGCUGGUGCAGGCGUCGGAGCCGGCGCUGUUCCGCGUGGGGCUGCACAGCGGCGAGGUGCGCACGGCGCGCGCCGUGUCCGAGCGGGACGCGGCCAAGCAGCGAGUGGUGGCCGUGGUGAAGGACCACGGGCAGCCGGCGCUGUCGGCCACGGCCACGCUGCACGUGGUGCUGGCCGAGAGCUUGCAGGAGGCGCUGCCGGAGCUGAGCGAGCGGCCGGCGGGCGCCGAGGCGGCGGCGGCGGCGGCCGAGCUGCAGUUCUACCUGGUGCUGGCGCUGGCGCUGCUGUCGGCGCUCUUGGUGCUGAGCGUGGCGCUGGCCGUGGUGGCGCGGCUGCGCCGGGCCGGGCCGCCCGCCGUGCUGCGCUGCCUGGGCGCGCAGCGCUUCUCGCUGGCCGGCGCCGCCUUCCCGGCCGACUUCUGCGAGGGCACCUUGCCCUACUCCUACAACCUGUGCGUGGCACAUUCUGGUUCCUCUGAAAUAUUUUCUUUCGGAGAAUUAUAUUUUCCUAUUUGUUACGUGUUAUUAAUGAAAGGUGCGGAACUUUGUUGUGUAUGACGAGGUAUACCUGACAGACUUGGUGGGGAGGGUUUUCCUUCUUGAUAUCUGAUUGUCGAAGGUCUAUAUUUGGACCUUCUGAUAGGUGGACCACAACCCCUUCUUUUAGUCAAUGCUGCUGUAGGAAAGCUUACACUACUGAGUCGGGUUAAUUUUGCAUUUAAAAAGCUCACUGUGUAGGAGUUCUAGGUAAUCAGAGUGAUGCACGCCAUGCAUAUAUUGAGUAAAAUUGUAAUACAAAAAAGCGAAGUCGUGAUUGGAGAACAGGGAGUAAUGCAGACAUUCGGAGUAGUGUUGGACAUGCAGAUGCAAAAUUGCAACAACCGCUCCUGCAGUGCUGGAUUCGGUGACCACUGUGAAUGCGGUGACUGCUCAUGAGUAGUUUUUCUAUUCUAUAACACUAUUUUGAUCUGCUGGGAGGCUGUUCUUCAUAUACGAAUCGUGUAAAAAGUGGAAUUAGAGGAGUUUGCACUGUCAGACGUAUGCAGUAAAACUCGUGAUACCUCAGACGUUAUAUUGAGAGAUGGCUCCAUAUCUGUUACACGAUCAAGAUAAAGACAUUUUCCCAGGCGGCAGAAAUAGCAUAAUCACAGUAGGCAUGUUACUUCUCUUCGCUCGUAAUCUGUACAGGAUGAAACUAGAGAUCAGGUGAUCAAAAGCAAAACCGAGAGGUCCGCGCUGGGCGAAGAGCGAAGUCUCAGCGAUUAUGUCCCGUCCCGCGAGCUGCCCGUGUGCGAGGCAGGGCGGACAGCGCUCGGUGCUGCAGUGCCGGGAGGAGGCUGCGGGCGCCGCUGUUGACCGAGAGGAGCGAGAGGAAGCUCGGAGCGCUGCAGCCCCGCCCGCUGCGGACCCGGUCGAUCAAUCGCUCGCUGGGUGUGCGGCUCGGCCGCGGGGAGGUCUGCGAGCGUGUCCGCGGUGCAGAGCCGUUCUGUGGCAAGACAGAGGAACCGGUGACAGAAAUACGGUGCACAAGCUGGGAGCAGAGUCGGAGCCGGAGGUGUCGGGGUUAGCUGUGAGGAGCUGCAGACGGGGAGCGGUGCCGCGG